CUUGAGAAAAGUGCACUAGUAUAGAAUUUGUUUUAAAUGUUUUUAGAUAAUCUAAUGCAAGGAUUUAAUGACUGAAUCAAAACCACCAAGACCUGCACCGAAACCGGGACGAGUAACUGUUUAUCGAGCCUUGUAUGACUACACAGCUCAAAAUGACAAGGAAUUAUCUUUCAAUGAAGGUGAUUUGCUAUACGUUUCCGAUAGUAGUAAUGAUUCGCAAUGGUGGCCAGCACGUUGCAGGAAUCAAACGGGUUUAAUCCCAGCAAAUUACGUGAUGACGGCAGAAUAUAUUGAAUGUCCAUUGCAUGAUGCGGCAAAAAGAGGAAAUAUAGAGGGUGUUAAAGAAUGUCUCGACAAUGCAGUAUCAGUAAACGGUUUAGAUAAAUCCGGUUCAACGCCAUUGUACUGGUCGAGUCAUGGUGGUCAUGUCGCAAUUGUCAAGUUAUUAUGCUCCAUACCCAAUAUGUGCAUUUCAGCACAGAAUAAAAUUGGCGAUACAGCGCUGCAUGCGGCCGCAUGGAAGGGUCAUUUGGAAUGUGUGAGAAUAUUACUGGAACAUGGUGCAAGUACUAUAAUACAUAAUAAUGACCGGAAGCUUCCAGUAGAUCUUGCGAGUGAUCCGGAAACACGAGCCUUAAUUCAAUUGUCAAUGCGUCAAGCGAUAGAUACAAAUGAUUUCCGUAAUGAGUAUAGUUCAGAAUCUGAAUCCGAGACUGAUGGUAUUUAAAUAUUAAUUUUGCGAUUGUUCUUCAAACCCAACAUUCUUCUGUUUAUUGC